AUGAGUUUAGAGAAGAUCACAUGGAAAUGGAUAAUCCCGGGCUGUUGCAAGACUCGGAACCAAGUGCUGGAACCAAAAAAAGAGGUCUCAAAGCAAAUCUCUUUCCAGAGGCUGUCUAUUUCAGAUGUGAGCGAUCCCAGCUCGCCGCUGUUUGCAGACGAUCUCUCGAAUUCUCUAAUCGGCUCAAAGCUGCACGUGUUUUCCUUAGCAGAGCUAAAGGACAUAACAAACAACUUCUCAUGGAGUAAUUUGCUCGGAGAAGGCGGGUUUGGACCGGUGUACAAGGGAUUCGUCGACGAAAAGCUUAGGCCUGGUUUGGUGGCUCAGCCUGUUGCUGUCAAACUACUAGACUUGGAUGGCCUGCAAGGCCAUAGAGAGUGGCUGGCAGAAAUAAUUUUUCUUGGGCAGUUAAGGCAUCCUAAUCUUGUGAAGCUGAUUGGAUAUUGUUGUGAGGAUGAGCACAGGCUCCUAGUGUAUGACUACAUGGCAAGAGGCAGCUUAGAAAAUCAUCUGUUCAGAAGAUUCACUGCUGCCAUGCCAUGGUCAACUAGAAUGAAAAUUGCUUUUGGAGCAGCAAAGGGAUUGGCCUUUCUGCAUGAGGCAGAUAAACCAGUGAUAUUCAGAGAUUUCAAGAGUUCAAACAUUUUAUUAGACACUGACUAUACGCCUAAACUUUCAGAUUUUGGGUUAGCAAAGGAUGGCCCAGAAGGCGAAGAAACACAUAUAACUACCACACAUAUAUUUGGCACUCAGGGGUAUGCUGCUCCGGAGUACAUCAUGACAGGUCAUUUGACAACCAAAAGUGACGUGUAUGGAUAUGGAGUAGUUCUACUAGAGCUGCUAACAGGAAAACGGUCAAUAGACAGGAAUCGCCCAAGUCGUAAACAGAGCCUUGUGGAAUGGGCAAGACCUCUUUUGAAGGACCCCAAAAAGCUUGACCGUUUUAUGGACCCCAGACUGGAGGGACAAUUUUCCACCAAGGGUGCUCAAAGGGCAGCUCUAUUGGCCUACAAAUGCUUGAGCAACCACCCCAAGUGUCGCCCCACCAUGGGCGAUGUAGUCACAAUCUUGGAGCCUCUUUUGGACUUAAACGACUGGUUUUUUGAACCUUUUGUGUAUGUUGCACCAACCGAUGAAAGUGUUACCAUGGAGUGUUUAGUGAACGAGAAAGGAGAUAGCAAUGAAGGGGAUGGCUGCCGGGGUGGUUGGCGUCGCAGGAUUAACUCGACCAUGUCAUCAGUUACUCACUCAGACACGUCGUUGUAUAGGAUAGGAAAUUCGAAAAUAGUUUAG